CCAGAUGUGAAGUAGAAAUACACACAACAUAAAGGAAAUAGUGGAACAGAACAACAACAAAAAAACACAAGUACAGAACGAGCGUUCGUUAGGUGAACACUGUGGUGUAAUUUAUAAAUAUUAUUGAAUCGUGUAUAACAAAGUUUUCUUUGUGAACAAUAAUGUAAUUUAUUAUGAAUAGUUUUUUACAAUGAAGACGAAUUUAGUGAUUUUUCUGUGCGUGGUAUUGUUUGUGUAUAGUGUAUGCAAUGAGGAUAUACCAAGGAAGUCUUUAUUAGAUGAACAACAUCCUGCCACUGAAUUCAGCCGUCAUACACUUGUGAAACCGAAACUUUAUCAUGGAAGAGAAAAAAGACAAAUUUCGUCGACUAAACACGAGGUGACUGGAACACACACCGAUUAUAUACAAAUCAAAAUGGAAGUUGAUGGACAAGACAUGAUACUAGAUUUAACCAUAAAUAAAGAUUUGAUACCACAAGGAUUUUUUCACAAACAUCAAGAAAACGGAGACUAUAAAAUCCACAAACCUUCAUUACAGGAUGUAGAUCUUUGCGAUUAUAGUGGAAAAGUUCGUGGGAAACCCGAUUCGUGGGUGGCAAUCUCGACGUGCGAUGGACUUUCGGGAGUCAUCUUCGACGGAAAAGAAAUGCAUUACAUCGAAACUAAAAAUAAACUCGCCGAUAUACAAUCCGAACAUUUUUUAUAUAAACACUCCGAUUCGCUAAGACAUAACAAGACUUGUGGAUAUAAAGGAGAUGUUGUUGACCACGAAAAUUCCCAUGACAAUAAGGAUGAUCGGAUAUUAAGAUAUAAGCGAGAUCAACCGUUACUUAGGGGACCUUACAAUGCCAACAAAGAAUCCAAAUAUGUAGAAUUAGUUCUUGUUAUAGACAAUCAACUUUACAAACAAUUGGGAGAAAGUAAAACCGAAACUAUCAACCAUGCCAAAUCUAUUGCCAAUAUUAUCAAUGGUCUGUACUCUUCUUUAAAUAUUUUUAUAGCUUUAGUAGGAGUUGUGAUUUGGAGUGAAAAUGACGAAAUUCAAUUUUCUGGUAAUGGAGAUACGACGCUCGCAAAUUUUCUACGUUACAGGAGAGAAAAAUUAACCACUACUCAUCCAAAUGACAAUGCUCAACUUUUAACAAAAUUUAAUUUCGAUAAGGGCGUUGUUGGAAAGGCUCUAAAAGGUCCAAUUUGUACUUAUGAAUAUUCCGGAGGUAUAAGCACGGAAUAUUCACCUGUUGUAGGUGUUGUUGCCACUACUGUUGCUCAUAUGAUCGGUCACAACUUUGGCAUGGAACAUGAUACAGGCAAUUGCAAGUGCCCCGAUGAUCGUUGUAUAAUGACAUCAAGUAGUUCAACAGAAAAGUUAACACAUUGGUCGACCUGCAGUUUGGAAUAUCUUCACCAAGCAUUUUCUCGCGGAAUGGACUAUUGCUUAAGAAAUAAGCCUAAAGCAUUAUUUGAUAGUCCCGUAUGCGGUAACGGAUUCGUGGAACCAGGUGAACAAUGCGAUUGCGGCCUUGAAGAACAUUGUGAUAAUUAUUGUUGUAAUGCCAAUACUUGUAUGCUGCACAGUAACGCUACUUGUGCAAUGGGAGAGUGCUGUGAUCUAGCGACAUGCUUACCGAAAACGGCGGGAACUCUUUGUCGAUCCGCAGAUUACGAAUGCGAUCUUCCCGAAUAUUGCGAGGGACAAUCAGAAUAUUGCCCCGAAGACGUUUACAAACUAGACGGCGAACCAUGUGAAAGAGGACAAGCUUACUGUUAUCACGGGUCUUGUAGAACCAGAUCUGAUCAAUGUAAAUUGUUAUGGGGCGAUACGGGGAAAUCCAGCGACGAUAAAUGUUAUAUGCUAAACACUAAAGGCAACAGACACGGAAACUGCGGCUACGAUAAAAUAACUCAGACUUAUACCAAAUGUGAAAAUGAGAAUGUUUUAUGUGGAAUGUUACAAUGUACACAUUCAAAUGAAAAAUUAGAAUUUGGUAUGGAGUCAGUUGCUAUAAGAUCUAAUUCGUUCAUUAACAAAAAUGGUUCGAUUAUUGCUUGUCAGUCAGCCAUUGUAGAUUUGGGAAUAAAUCAAGUUGAUCCUGGACUUACUCCUGAUGGUGCAUUAUGUGGAGAUGGAAAGAUGUGUGUUAAUCAAACAUGUAUAUCGGUCUCCGCUUUAAGAAAACAAGGUCCGCAAUGCCCCGAUGAUUGUAACGGUAACGGCUGGUGCAACAAUAAAGGAACUUGUCAUUGUAAAGAAGGUUUUUUCCCUCCCAAUUGCCACUCCCUUGAUCUUGGGGGAUCCCAGGAUAGUGGCGCAGCGGUGAUUUCAAAUGUAACAGUUGAAGUACAUCCUACGAUGGAAUUCGGCAAUCAUACAAUAGUGAAACCGAAAUUGUACCAUGGGCGAGAAAAGAGACAAAUUUCGUCGACAAAACAAAAGACUGGAACACACACCGACCAUAUACAAAUCAAGAUGGAAGUUGAUGGACAAGACAUGAUACUAGAUUUAACCAUAAAUAAAGAUUUGAUACCACAAGGAUUUUUUCACAAACAUCAAGAAAACGGAGACUAUAAAAUCCACAAACCUUCAUUAGAGGAAGUGAACCUUUGCGAUUAUAGUGGAAAAGUCCGAGGAAAACCCAAUUCGUGGGUGGCAAUCUCGACAUGCGAUGGACUUUCGGGAGUCAUUUUUGACGGAGAUGAAAUGCAUUAUAUCGAAACUCGUAAUAGGACGGCUGAUAUAGAAUCCGAUCAUUUUUUAUAUAAACAUUCCGAUUUGCGAAAACAUAAUAAGACUUGUGGAUAUGCAGGAGACGCUGUAGACCCCAAAAAAUUUCAUAACCAUAAAAAAAAUAGAAUAUUAAGGUAUAAACGAGACGUAGACCAACAGUUAGUCAGAGGACCCUAUAAUGCCAAUAAACAAUCCAAAUAUGUAGAACUAGUACUUGUGAUAGAUAAUCAACAGUACAAAGAAUUAGGAGAAAGUAAAACUAGAACCAUUAACCAUGCCAAAACUAUUGCUAAUAUUAUAAAUGGGCUGUAUUCUCCCUUGAAUAUUUUUAUAGCUUUAGUGGGAGUUGUGAUUUGGAGUGAAAAUGAUGAGAUCAAUUUUUCUGCCAACGGCGAUACGACACUUACAAAUUUCCUUCAUUACAGAAGAGAAAAAUUAAUCAAAAGCCAUCCUAAUGACAACGCUCAACUAUUAACAAAAUUUAAUUUCGAUAACGGCGUUGUUGGAAAGGCUCUAAAAGGUCCAAUUUGUACUUAUGAAUUUUCCGGUGGGGUAAAUACCGAACAUUCACCUGUUGUAGGACUUGUUGCCACCACUGUUGCCCAUGAAAUGGGUCACAAUUUUGGUAUGGAACAUGAUACAGUAGAGUGCGAUUGUCCGGAUGACCGUUGCAUAAUGGCACCAAGUAGCUCAACUGUAGCUCCGAAGCACUGGUCGUCUUGUAGCUUAAGCUACCUCCUUCAAGCCUUCACUCACGGUAUGGACUACUGUCUAAAAAAUAAGCCUAAAGCAUUAUUUGAUAGUCCCGUAUGCGGAAACGGAUUCGUGGAACCAGGUGAACAAUGUGAUUGUGGCCUCGAAGAACACUGUGAUAAUUAUUGUUGUAAUGCCAGUACUUGUAUGUUGCACAGUAACGCUAGUUGUGCAACGGGAGAAUGCUGCGAUCUAUCGACAUGCUUACCGAAAACGGCGGGAACUCUUUGUCGAUCCGCAGAUUACGAAUGCGAUCUUCCCGAAUAUUGCACGGGACAAUCAGAAUAUUGUCCAGAGGAUAAUUACAAAUUAGAUACCGAAUCAUGUGACGGAGGAAGAGCUUUCUGUUAUCACGGUUUCUGUAGUACUAGAUCCGAUCAAUGUAAAUUGUUAUGGGGCGAUACGGGGAAAUCCAGCGAUGAUCAAUGUUAUAUGAUGAACAUCAAGGGUAACAGACACGGAAACUGCGGCUACGAUAAAUUAACCCAAACAUUCUUCAAGUGUGAAAACGAGAGUGUUUUAUGUGGUAUGUUGCACUGUAAACAUUUGAACGAAAGAUUAGAAUUCGGCAUGGAAUCAGUUGCUAUACUAUCCCAUACUUUCAUUAACAAAAAAGGCUCGAUCAUUCCUUGUAGAACGGCCAUCGUGGAUUUGGGAAUAAAUCAAGUUGAUCCUGGAUUAACUCCUGAUGGUGCAUUAUGCGGGGAUGGAAAGAUGUGUGUUAACCAAAAAUGUAUGUCGGUCUCCAGUUUAAGGAAGCAAGGUCCGCAUUGUCCCGAUGAUUGUAAUGGUAACGGCUGGUGUAACAACAGAGGCAAUUGUCAUUGUAAAGACGGUUUUGCUCCUCCCAAUUGCUACUAUCCGGGUCCUGGGGGAUCUCUGGACAGUGGUCCAGCUGCGGAUCCAAAUGCUCGUCAAGGACUCGUAGCAGGACUGUUCAUCUUCUUCCUGGGCAUAGUGCCUUUGGUAGCGAUUACGGCAUUCCUAUUCUAUUAUGCUCGACAUAAUCUGCGCUUCGGUAGAAAAAAAUCGCCACAAUCAACGUCGAAAUCUCCUUCAAAAUCAAGAGGGCCACCACCGUUCGCGUCAGAAGAAGCAAAAAGGACAGAAGACAAUCAUUCACUACUUCGAGAAGAGUCGCCUCCACCAGGUGGUUUUAUCGGUCUAUCUAAUAACUUCUUUGGUAAUUUUAAAGGAUUUUCAAUCAGUCCAUUGAAGAACGAAGUGCAACCAAAUCGAUCCGCACCUCCUCCGCCUGUUGUUACCCCAAUUCCCAAAUCUACAAAAAUAACAACUUCCCAAGAACCGAAACAAGGCAUAUUUAGCAAUUCAAUCCAGAAAUAUAAUUCCUUUAGAAAGAGUAAUACACUGUCUGGAGGAGUAUCUACUGUAAACAACAUAUCUGCGGCUCCUGCUUUACCACCACCUAAUCCUGGAAGUCAAGCAAAACCAAUAAUUUCAUCUCCAAUACUAGAGAAUUCUACUUGUACAGCUAAAGAACUAGUGUCACCUUUAAAAAAUGCUCCAAAGGUUCCCAUCAGAGCCGCCCCUCAAGCUCCUGUAGAAGUAUCAAGGCCUCUAUCCACACCAAAUACUUUAUCCACUACCAACGUUUCACCAACAAAUAUGUCGGAAGAAUCAAAACGUCCCAAAGAAAGUGUUAGUACCAGUACUUUGAAUAGAAUAGCUUCUUUUCUAAAACCAGUAGAUAAAAAACCUUCUGUAGUUCAAAAAUCGACUCAAGUAAAAGCCACCAAAGUAAAAGAUAAAGAAACUUUACGUAACAUAGAAAUUUCUAACCCUAUACCUCAAACUCAUAUAGAAAUUUCCGUAACAGCUUUACCAGUCGAUAACAUAGGUACUAAAAAUGUGGUUAUGCGCGCACAGAGCAUGCGCGCUACAAAACAAAGCGACAGACCGCAUAUACAGACAUUCGGCUCUAUGCGGCAACCUAGUGGAUUCAAAAGACCUGUUAGUAUACCUUCUGGGAAUCGUCCUAAAAAUCCACCACCCCCGAGACCCUCAUUAGAGGAAUCGCAAGAGAAAUCUGACAACUCCGAUCAAUAUGAUGACUGUUUAAAUGAAGAAAUUUCGUUAGCUAAGAACAAUCCCAGUGGAGAUAAUAUUUAUGCAGUAAUAGAGGAAUCUCCCGUAUCUCCAAUAUCCCUUAAAUCGCCCGAAACACAUCCGAACAAUUCUAGUUCCAGUGAAAGUAUGGGUUUACUGGGAGAAAUAGUUACAGAAAUUCAAAACAGAAAUUUCGAUUCAAUAUAUUCGACUUCGACUUUAGCUAGAAAGAAAAAGGAAGAAGAAGAGAAAAAGAAAAAUCAAUUGUCACCAGAUUCCUCUGAAACGUACGUAAAUACGUCAACUUUACAUUAUCCGGACAGCGAGUACAGUAAUAUGAGCGGAAAUUUAAAAUCUAGUGCCAGUUCAACUUCUAGUGGAUAUAUUCUACCUUCUUCUAUAAACGUGCCCGUAAAAGAAGAACCGAAAAAAGUAGAAGAAAUUAAACCUAAUUUAAGUUCUUUCAAAGCAGAUACUAAACCACCAAACAAACCAUUAACUACGGGGUUUAAACCAGCACAAAUAAAUUUAAAAAAAAUCGAUAUGUCACCAGAAAGAAACAAAUCAAAAACAUCCUCUUCCCCAACAAAUAAAACACCUCCUAAGUCAAUCAGUAGACAAAUUACUCCUCCAAAUUUGCGCACUAGAAAGCCGUCUCCUACGAGGCCGACUCCGCCGGUACAAAAAACCAAUCGUUCGGUUACGAACAGUCCGGAUUUAGUAACCAGCUGCAACACUAAUUCCUCUAAACCGCCCGACGUAUUAGGUGGUGGUUCGGUAAAUAAAAAACCAACUAUAACAAGUGCUAAACCUACAGUGCCCUUAUCUAAAGUUAAAAAUAACCUCAAACCUGUGAAUUCCAAAUCACAAGAGAAAAAAAGUGAAGUGGUAGCUAAUAAACUCGGUAAAAACAAUUCUGAUACCGGCAACAGUGCGAAAAGUUCAACGGGUCUUCGGAAUGCAGCAAGGUCGAAUUCGAAUGUUGCAACGCUGCAACAAAAAUUCGAGAAUAAAAGUAGCGCUAGUUGAAUCAAAUGAUGCGUUCUUCGAUGAUAUAUCAUAAGUUGAUUAACAAUAAUCGAUUACAUAAUAUUGCGUUUUAUAUUUGAUCCAUUAUUAUUAUUAAUCAAAAAGUAUAAAACUUAAAUAGUUAAAUGUAUUGUAAAAAACGUGCAUGAUUCACUAAACCAAAAAUAAUAAGAAAAUGGCUUUAUGUUUGUCAUACAGAGUGAGUUUUAUGUAUGGAACGACUGAAUUAUCUCGGAAAGUUUGUAUAAUGGUGGUAUUUAUAUUGUUGUUAGAUCUUUUUCAGGAAAAAUAAUGAACUUUGUUAUAUCUAUACCUAAAUACCAUAAUUUUGAAGUUAUAGCUACAUUUACAAUACCUCCAACAAAGUUACAAUAAAUUUUGUACAUUUAGAUGACUACGAUUGAAUAAACUCGUUUAAUUUGAAAUAUUCUUUAAUAAUUUAUGUGUUAAUACGGAUCUCGUAACAAGAUCUAGUGUCAGUAAGUUAGUAAAAAGUUUAACGAAACUAGUACAGUAACAUAUUUAUCCAAAUCAUGGCGCAGAAAUCCUAUAACAACUGAAGUUAAAACUUUAAAUGUUUGUGUCAUGUUAGAAGUAGAUCCACAUUUGUGAAUCAGAAAAAUUACGAAUUUUAGAAAACAUACAGUAAAGACGAUUACAGCAGAUGCUCAACAUGUUGUCCAUACAUUUUGCAACAUCCCUGACUUCUUAAUUCUUCUCAUCUCUGUAGUAAUCUUAUCUUUUAAUUCCUGAAUAUUGGCAGGUUUUGUUUUAUAAACGAUGUUUUUUAAGUAACCCCACAGGAAAUAGUCUAAAGGAUUCAUGUCGAAUGAUCGCGGGGGUCAUUGCUUCACCACACACGCAUAGUGAGGUGGAGCACUAUCAAAUUUUCUGGAUAUUUUUCUAUUACUCAAGAUCAUCUUCUAGCAGGACACAAAUGUAUUAUAUAAAUUAUGGCAAUAAGUAUUUCUUCAGGAUAUAUAGAAAAACACAAAAUAUAUAAAAUCGUACAAGCCGUUUCCGAGAUAAAGGCGAUAAAUACCGGGUGUAUCAAUAUUAAUAGCGUUAGAAAUAAUACAUCCAACAGAAGAACAAUUCAAUUCUACAUGAAAAUCUACGAAUGAUAAUACACGUAAGCACCAUUCUUCACUGGGUGCCCGUCAAAACAAUAUUCGUUUUUUCUAAUCAAUUUAUCUCAAGUAAUAGUUGCAAAAGCUGCUUUAUAUUUCGUAAAAGGUCAGCUGGGGCUUAAGGGACAUAAAUAGGAUCCUUUUUGAAUCCCCGAAACUAGAAAUAACAUGGCAUCAGAUUUGGCGAUCGAGACGGCUAUUGUCUACUUACCUAUUAAUUGAAACUCCAGUGUCUGUGAAUUCAAUUUGAUUUCAAUAACUAAAAAAAUGUAUAAAUGUAAACUUAACAUAUAUUUUCUUAACUAUCGAGGUUGAAGUAAAACUUUAUUCUUCAUUGUUAUUAGGUUUUCUGACAAGCUAUGUCAUUCUGAUUGCGGGUAUUUUCCCUCCGCUACGGCGAAGAGCUCUAACGCUGUCAGACAUCGAAAAAAGUAAAUUUUGCACCGGUAUAACAUCCUAUUCUUCCCGAAGUGUGAUUUGAAGCUGAUUUAAGUCACUAGGAGGAGGAUGACGAUGUCUAAUCCGCCGAAUAAUAUGUUGAUGUUAACCAUUAUUCCAUAUGAUUUGUAAAAAUUAUCCAAAAGGAGCUUUAGAAAUAGCUCAUAGAUCCAAUUUAACGCUAAAAAAUUUUAAAAAGCAAACAACAAUCGCAUCAUUCGAAAACUUUAGUCGAAUAGUGAGAAGAUAAAACGCAAAGUGAAGUAAUCGAUUAUUGAAGAUCAACGUUAAUUACACGAAAUUUUGAAAAAUUUGCGAUAUUUCAAAAUUUAACUAUAGGCAUACUAUAAAUUAUUAUAAAAUAGCAACCAAUAGUUUCUAAUUGUUAUAAAUGAUUCCAUUUUAUAAUAAAAUCAUAAAACAUAUACACUAUACUGUUUCAAAAAAAUUGAUUAUUUUUUUUCUUAUUAAUAUUUAAAAUAUUGUUUGUAAUGACGAAAAAAAAUCCUGAAAAAUAUAGAGCUCUUAAUAUCAAGAGGUGCCGCGUAGAAAAUUUCAAUUUCUUAUUUGAUUAACGUGGGAAAAUUUUUUUUUCUCACUUUGGAAUUCAUUAACAAGUCAUCGGACUACUUGAGUAACAUAUUUUUGUAGAGAAUUGAACGCUCUACAAAAAAGAAUUGUUAUAAUUUUUUGAUAUAUUUACUUUUUUAAAAGUUAUUUAACACUAAAGAUGGAUUCAUUUAAAAUUUUUACAUUUUUCUAAUUUUCCGACGAAAGCAUCAACUUUAUGAUAAAGUUUUUUUGUAAAAAAUUUAAUUUCCUAUAACGUAGCCCUUGAAAAAUUUUCUAAAUGUUUUACAGAUCGUAAGUUAUUUGUAAAAAACUAAAAACCUCCCAUAACUUUUAAACAGCUUGACCGAUUUAAUCGUGGUUGACGCCAUUCGAAAGGGCUUGUCUGAACUUAAAUUUUAACUAAGGUUUGAACCGGUUGAUUUUGAUAGAUCUUGAAAAAAAAUACGAAAAAAAAUUUUUUAAUGUGGUUUUGGAAAAUUAGAAAAAUGUAAAAAUUUUAAAUCAAUCCAUCUUUAGCGUUAAACAACUUUUGAAAAAGUGAAUAAAAUGAUAAGAAUCUUUUUUUUGUAGACCGUCCAAUUCUCUACAAAAAUAUGUUCUGACUCAACUAGUCCGUUAACGUGUUAAAGAGUUAAUGAAUUCCAAAGUUAGAAAAAAAAAUUCCAUGUUAAUCCAAUAGGAAAUUGAAAUUUUCGACGAGACACCUCUUGAUAUUUUUAAUUUCCAGGAUUUUUUUUCGCAGCACUGUGGGUAAGUAUACGCAACAGCAAAUAUUUCAAGAUCCCGCAGCAAAAUUACCGAUCAGUCGACAGAAUAAAUGUUUAUAGAAUGUUAGUACUUACCUUUGCCGAUUGAAAAUGUUCCCCUGUUACAUUUCGCGGUAGCUUCUGUAACGAACAUGACUCCUGCCCAAAAUUUAGAAGAGAUGUUGCCAACUACAACAUUAGAGGUACAUUUCCAAAAAGAUUCAGUUACUUAGUAGCGUCCACCUCUUCUGCUGUAACUCGGUUAAGAGUUUAUACAAGACUACUUUAUUCAUAAAAUGACAUAACUGAAAUUCGACAAACUUAUUGUCAUAAGAUAUUGCAGUUUACAAUGCUCUCAAGUGAGCUGUUUCGGAGAUCUCCACAUAUAUGGCGCUACUAUGAUUAAUCUUUUAAUUAUUGAUACAACAAUAAUAAGAACUACAAGAAGUUUUGGGAAGUGCAGGAACUACAUCGCCUUCGGUAUUAUUUCUAUUUGUAUUUCAGAGCUAGCCUCUUUUUUGAGUAGCUUUACAGUUGCUACACGAUUCAGUCAUCCUGUACUAGAUUGAUAUGAAGUACUGAGCAUAAAUGAUAUCCAAUUAUGACCAGACAAUACCAGAAAACGUCUUAGAAACCUCCCAAUAUUGUUCAGCGACAAACACAACUGUGACCAGUACAGAUGCCAAUGCAUUUUCACCAACAUGUGUAGCUUCAAUAAGCAAAACAUUCAUACCAUUGUGAUUUAUAUAAGAUCCUCCAAAAGUAACAUCACAAAAUUGAUAAAUUGAUAGUCUCUUAAAGCUGAUUUAGAAACUACGAAAAAAAAUGAAGAAACGAAAUUUGCUAAAAGACUGAUGAAUGAUGUUAAAUAUGACUCUUAAGAAACCAAAAAAAUGACGAAAAUGUGUAUUACUGUCCUUUCUGUGGUGAAAAAUGAUUACUAUAUUGAUUAAUUUAGUCAAUAAAAUAAAAUUUUUUUAGAAUGUUAGUACUUACCAUUACUGUUAAGAAAAAGUCCCCAUGACUAGUCUGGUUUUGUUUCAUUUAUGAAUAAAUCUAAAUAUAAAAUCUUAGUUUUUAGCCUUUCUUUUUAAUCUAGUAGUAUUUUAUUUUUACCUAAUUCUUCUUCUUCAUAUUUUUUCGUAGUUUUUAAAUCAGUUUUAAGGGGCUAUCGAUUUUGUCAUGUUACUUUCCCCAGAUUUUCUAUAGAUAACAAUGGUAUGAAUGUUUUCCUGGUUGAAGCUACACAUGUUUCUAAGACGUUUUUUGGUUAUAAUUGGAUGAUGUCAAUUAUGCUCAGUACUUCACAUCAGAUCAGGUACAGGAUAACUGAUAUAGAAAUGAUUAGGUAAAUAAUAUCAAGAUUUUCUGUAGAGACAUUCAAUAAUUAUAUAUCCGUAUUAAAAUGUUAUAUAAAUUAGAACGAUUUUAUUGUUAUACCAUGUGGAAUAAGCUUCGGUUUCUCAAUAUUCGCAUAUUUUUCGCAAUUUCUUCAAUGUGUAAAUGUGUGUAUUCAAUUUUUGACUAGUAAUUCAUCGCCAGGUGUUGAAUAUUAAUAAGUCAUAGUAGUUAAACCCACAUUUUGAUAAUUUGUGAUAUAAUAUAAUCAAUUGCAUGAAUUUCUGGAACCGUUGGUAAUUAGCGAUGUUCGCGAAAUUUUUAACAUGUCCUGUCACUAUUUUCAUGCGCAAUUUGAAAUUAUCCGUUCGCAGUGCUAAUAAAACACGUUGGGAUUCAGAAUUCUGUUGGGGAUUUUCGUGGAGCAAAGAUGUCUAUUAUACAUAACCUAAUUUUUAAUUUUGUAAAUAGAUACUUGAAAACUUUUAGUAUUUUAAUGAAAUUAUUGAACUUUCAUUAUUACUAAGGAUAAUUUUAUAUUUUUGCCAUUAAAAUCAUACUAAAAUAUUAUAAAUUAUUUAUCCAUAAUUACCUUAUCAUUGAAGUUUUAUAGUCUAAACUAGUUCUUCCUAUAAGCAAUAGGAUUAACUAGAAGGUCAAACUAGUUGAUCCUGAUAUAAAUAUGGAUACUCUAGAAUAAACUAGUAUGGCCUAGUCUAAACAUUAUAGUAAUGCAUCUAAAUGUUCUUGAUUUUAGGUCUCUUCUGUUUCAAAAUUAGUUUUUUAUUGUUUUUAAAAGAAAGAUAAAUUUUGAUGUUUCGACUUUUCUUCAAGUCUUUAUCAAAAUAAAAACUAUCAAAAAAAAAACUAAUUUUGAAACAGAAGAGACCUAAAAUCAUAACCAAAAACAAUCAUUUUUAUUAAAACAAUAGGGGAAUGUGGGGCAAAGUGUGAGGGUUAACAUCCAAUUAACAGUUUAUCAUACAUAAAAAAUACUCAGUAGGUUCUUAAGCUACUAUAAAUCUAUUUGAACAUUACUUUAAUAAAUAUCACAAGUUUUAAAGACUUGCAAUAAUGGAACUUAUAAAUUUAUACAUUUUUAUUUUAAAAUGAUCUGCCCCCUACGCAUCGAACCAGCAUACAUAAAUUUUCCUUUUAUUUCAUGUUUGUAUACUAAGCUUCUAUCUUCAGCUUCAGGGAAAACAAAUAUGUCUUUAUGUUUUCUAAAAUUUCUUAGAAAUGAGACCUCGGCAGAGGCAUUAUCCAAACUUAGUAUUAGCAAUUUUUUUUAUUUUCUCGUUUUUAAUCUCGACGAGAACAAAAUCACCGACCCCAUAGUCAGCAGAAAAUUUUGGCCCUGCAUUCUCUUCGCUACUCUCGGUUUCCGAUUCGUGCCACUCACUAUCCGAGCCAGAGGAGUCCUGGCAGAGCUGCCUCUCAUCUAUAUCGGAAUCAGACGAUGAAUGGCGACGGUUCUUUUUCACCCUUUUACUGGAAGGUUCAAAGGUUAAUUUUUUUUAACUUUUUUAACCGGACGUGUCGUUGAAUUUUUUGAAUCCAUAAGCUCUUUCAAAUAAGGAAAAUCGGUUAUUACGGCCGUCUUUCCAGUUCUUCUGUUCUUUGUUUCUUUUCGGCCUUCUCUUUUGGUAGAGGUAGAAUAUCCCUUCAGGGGUGGUAACAAGAGAAGAUGGCCUUGGCCUUCUAUGAAAUGUUGAUGGCGUUGUUUGGUCUAGAGCAGCUGGUAUGGAGUUAUUUUCUUGUUGUGGGCGAUCAGUUGUAGUGGCAGCAUCAUAAGCUUCCUCAGGGAAAAUAUAAGGAUUGAAGGGGAAGACCCCUGUGCUUCUAAAUGACGCAACUACUGUCUGUGUAGUCGCUGCCCUCAUAUAAGCUUCCCCCAAAAUAGAGCUGAUAUCUUUCAAUGUGACCACUUUCCCAGGAUUAUUUCUUAGCCACGUCUUCACAGUUUGUGCAUAAAAAAUGUUCAGUGGCUUCAUAAACCCCACAUCCAAUGCUUGAAGUCGAUGGGAUGUGUGAAGUGGAAUAACCAAAAUAUGCACGUUAUUUGUUCGCGUCAUUUCGAUGAGUGUUAAAUUCUUGGUAUGAGUGGCAUGGCCAUUUAAUAUAAAUAGACCUGGUUCUUCUUUAGUUGGUCGAGCAUGGCAGAAGAUACGCUCGAACCAUAUUGGGGCGAAAAUUUCAGCUUGCAUCCAUCCUGAAGGAUGUGCAACCACCAGACUGUCGGGAGGAAGACCCUUCUCAAAAGCCGGGUCUUUUCUAACGCGAGGAAAGAUCAGUAAAGGAGGCACAUUUUUACCAGACGCACUAAAACAGACCUCUGCCGUCACCAAGGUUCCACGUUCAGCUGAUGCCAGCAGUCCCACUUGUUUCUUCCCUUUCAAUGAGAGGAUGUUUGGCUGUUUAUUGGGAACUGUAGUUAUGCCAGUUUCAUUUGUAUUAAAUAUUCGGUUUGCAGAUAAUUUCCCUAGUAAUUCUUCGUUAAAAGUUUAGGUUUAUUGGUAAUACAAUCAUACUAUAACAAAUAAAUUUUUUUUUUUU